AUGGACCCCAUCCAAACCCGAUUGUCCCGGUCCAUUUCUUCAAAGAUCUCACGCGGAUUCGUCUGGCUGAUCAUUAUCGAGUCUGUGGCAGGGACCGCCUAUGUCGUGCUUAGCAUUAUCUGGCCAUCACCUCUCCUACGACUAGUUGGCAGACCACCGCGUGGCUAUCGGGACGAACAGACUACCAUCGCUUUGGGCAUCUAUUCGUCCAUUGUCUUAUGGGGAGCUUUGGUCGCGAUCCUGAAACAUAUCCGACUCCAGCUCAUCUUCCUCACGUCCAUAAUGUUGGCUUUCAUUGGGGCCAUGGCAUCUUGUACCCCAAACAGCCUGAGUCGCGCUGCCGUGCUCUCCGUGUUUGCUUCUUUCCCUGCAGGCAUUCUGGAAAUCAUGCCCAGUCUGCUCGUACAGAUGGAGACCAGCGACGCAGAUCUCGGGACGACAUUUUCGAUACUGUAUGCAAUGCGCCCCAUCGCCGGCGCGAUCAUGUCGGUAGUCUACCUCGCUAUUCUCAGCAGCAAGACCACCUCCAAGCUCACGGCCCACAUUCCCCCCGUGGCCACCCAGGCCGGCCUGCCCGAGACGUCUGUAUCUUCUCUCCUCGCAGCCAUCGCCGCGGGCACUCCAGACGCAAUGGACGCGGUCCCUGGCAUCACCGCCACGAUCCGAGAGGCCGUCGCCGCCGAGCUCCCCUGGGCGUACGCCGCGGCCUACGCGUACGUGUAUUACUCGGCCAUCGCGGUCGCGGGCGUCGGCCUGAUCGCCUGCUUCUGCGUCAAGGACUACGACAAGUAUCUGACCAACCACGUGUCGCGCCAGAUAUACAAGCCCGGCGGCGACGCAAAGGGCAGUAGCAGCGGCGACAGCGAGAAGAACCAAGACCUCGAGGUCUGGGAAAGGGAGGAUGGUGCCGACCCGAACAAAGGGACGGCCGAACAUGUCACGUCGAUUGACGAGGACGAUGUGAGCAAGACGACCGGGGUGUAG